CGAUCCAGUCUAUUUACAAGACAACAGAGGUUCUAGGAACUUUCUGUGUAGUUCUUUAAAUGGAGAAUAUGUUAGUCCUUUAGAGGAUCCACUGUCCCCCUCUACUACCUCAGUGGAUGAGAUGGAAGAUGUUUUCAUUUUGCCUCAGACAUUAAGCUCUCCCAGUGGAGAGAAUUCUUUCUGUGAUGAAGUAGCUGACACCACAGGGGAGAAGCUGGUGGAGGAGGACCCUAGUGCUGCUGUCCCUUUGCCAGAGUCUACUGUUGCAUGUGCAGGAGGGUCAUAUUCUCUGCAGAACAACUGUAGUAGUACAGAUGUCUCAGAAAUGCCCAUCAGUACAAAUGGAAUACACACACUGCCAGCAGCUGCACUGGAACUGUGCACGGCACCAUCAGAGCCAAGUGACGGUCCAUCAAAAAGCAAGGGAAGGAUGUCUGGUGUCCAGAAAAAGUCAAGGGUGCAUGAUCCCCUUCUAAAUGGAAAUGCACUGGUGAAUGACAGGACCUUUGAAAGGAAAAAACUUCCACCUCGUUCCAGGAGGGGAAUGAGAUUAGAGGCCAUUGUUCAGAAUAUCACCCCUUCGAGGUUUAAAGUGACAAGUAAUACCCAUUCCACAAAAAAACACUAUGCUCCUAAAACACAAACCAAUGAAACUCAUCCUGCAAGUUUAGACCACAGUAUGUUGCAUUCUGGGGACAACCAAGGCAUCCAAAGGGAAGCAGUUUCAGAAAAGGAGCCAACUUUUAAGGCAGUAUGCUUACAGGAAGACGCAGAUGACAUUCACAAGGACCAUCACACCAGCAAGUCUACCUCAGAUUCUGAACACACAAUCAUUUCCAAAUCUCAACACUGCAGCACAUCUCCAAAACCAUCUGGGUCACCAGAUGCUUAUGUAAAGGAAACAGGAAAAGGACAAUCCUUCAGUUCACCAACUAAGUGCUCUCUAAGGCAGGAGAAACUGAGGACACCACCUAUGCCAAAAGCAUGCAACAAAAGCCCUGCUAAGCAUCUGAGGGCUUCACCUGGCAGCAAAACCACACCCCCUGCCAAGAAAGCCCAUACUCCGAAAAGAAAGCGAAAGAAACGCAAAUCUGGGCAAUCCUGCAUGUUUUCUCCAAAGGAGCCAGAGAUCAAAUUGAAAUAUGUGAACUAUAAGGAAGAGAAAAGGGAUAUUAAAGCAGACACCUUCUCACCUUUCAUACGCCUUGAGGUCAAUGAGUACUCUACCUGCACCGUCAUCAACUAUCCUGAGGAGGAGAAUGCACGACUCAAGAAAGGACAGCAGCAGGUAUGCCCUGGCUUUAUUUCCGGCGCGGUUCCCACGACCUCUUGUGUGCAGCUGGGCCGCCUCAGCUCUGAAAGCAAGCGACAGAGCUCUCUGGUCUGCUGCGUGUGCGGCAGGUCGGCCAACGCCUUGGAUCUGGGGGACCUUCACGGACCUUACUAUCCUGAGGGCUUCAAGCCUGCCCUCAAGCCCCACAGCAACCUGCAGGGCCUGAAGGGAGAGGACGACAGUGACUCUGACUCGUCCUACAGUGAGCAAGGCAGGAAGCGCACCCGGGCUGCUGGUAGCUGGCCCCAAAGACCGUGUCACAGGGUGAAGCGGGAGGCUGUUCUGGGGCCUUGCCACAGAUGGGCCAGUGACAGUGACAGCUCCCAGAGCCAUUUAGCCAAGAAGCCCCGGGCAGACUUUGUGGCAGAUGACUGGUACAGCCCCCCUGUGGUGCCCCUAGACACCAGCGAGUACUGGGUUCACGAGGACUGUUGCAUAUGGUCGGCAGGUGUCUUUCUGGUGAAAGGAAAGCUCUAUGGGCUGGAAGAAGCUGUAAGGCAGGCAAAGGAGACGUCUUGUUCCACAUGCCAGAGAGUCGGUGCCACACUGGGAUGCUUUUUCAAAGGAUGCCCAAAUAAAUAUCACUACACUUGUGCAAAACAGUCAGACUGUGUACUCAAUGAGGACAACUUCUCCAUGAAAUGUACAAAGCACAAGAAUAAAUCAUUCAGAGGUUCUUCUGUGAACAGACAGGAUGACAGGUGACAGGAGAGGAGAUGCUGUGGAAGAUGAGCUCCACUUCAGUCUGCAGAAGGAUUCCUUUCCAGUGAGUCCUGCAACCUUCAUGAUUUUGGAAGAAUGUCCUUUGGUUUGGCAGCAAGGUUCAGCUGAAUGCAAACACCCACAAACCUUAAUUCAGAUUUGUUUAUUUUAUCUACUGUUUGUGUACUGCUUUCAUAACUAGUUGCUCCAGUAGAGCAGGGUAUGGAUUUUUCACAUCUCUCUAUAGACCUCAAUGAAUUGUCUGCCCACUUAGGUCGUUCAGAUGUUUGGAUGAGGCCACUGCUGCCUGUAGCAGAGGUUGAAAUAAAUCAGGAUCUCGUUGCAGCCACCCCAGAAUUGCAAAUAAGGAUUGUAGACUCAGCCCCAAAUUAAUGAACGUGGUUGACCUUAAGAAAAGGCUAAAGCAAAUGCCAUUUUACAUCAACGAUGUGUGGUGAGUUGAAGCUGAAAUGGUUUCAAAAGGCUUCCUGUUAAAUUUAGAUGGCCAAGUUUG